CUUAUGCUUCAUUAAUCCACCUCUAUUUAAUUGUAUGUCGAGUUUCAUGGCUUGAUUUGGGCCAUGACAUCUUUACUUCAAAGUAAUCUUUCCUUUGCUUUAUCGAAAUAGAAAUCAGAUUCUUGAUCUUGUUGGAAGGAAUUACUACUAGUUAACAUGGUUUCUUGUGUUUUCCUAAUAUUCCUUAUCUUGGAGGGCAGAAUUGUCAAUAAAGAUUCAUGAAUGCUUCUUUCUUCCUGUCCCUAUUUCUCUUUAAGAAGAAGAUAAAGGUUACAAAAAAACUGUCUUGUCUUAUUCCUUUCUCUUUUAAAAUAGUAACUCAGGAAACAGAGAUUUGUGGAUAAUAAAUUCAUGUCUUGAGAACAAAUUCUUGUUUGGGAGAUGAGUGAUUAGUUAAUGAAGAGUAUUUUCAUGAGGGUUUUGUUCUGCAAGAUCCACUGUCCUUCAUUCAUAUGUUUCUGCAAACCUUCAACUGCUACUCAUCUUUACAAUUCUGGCCCUUUGAAAUUGGAAAAUUCCCCUCAUGUCCCUCCUUCAUCUGUUGUAAUCGAUCCAUGUGAUCAAAAUCAUGUUGAAGAAGUUAUUGAAGUCAAUAAAGAGAUUUCCGAAGAUGAAAAGCAAGAACCAGAGAUCGAAACUAUUGUUCUCAGAAGUUGUAUGAAGAACAAGUGUGACCCCGAAUCAAGAUCGCCAAUUGAAAGAAAAAAAGUGCAAUGGAUGGAUAGUUUAGGCAAACAACUUGUUGAUAUCAAAGAAUUUGAAUCCAGUGAAACAGGAGAUACAGACAACGAAGACGAUAAUGGAGGUUGUUUUUGCACGAUUCUUUGAUGUUUUAAAACCAUCACCAUGUCGAUAGAAUAAGUAAAGAUCGGCUGUAAGUUCGUCCAUUCAUUUACUCAUUGAAUUGGAGAUAAAGAUCGAGUGUCUUGCAAAGAUCUGAGCUCCAUUUUUAGAUUUCAUUUCCUAAUUUAUUUUCACUCUGGCUCUUCUGCUUUCUGAUGUAAGAAUUUAUGUUAUUAACGAGCUUCUUUAUGUUCUUCAUCUGAUAAUGAAAAUCCCAGUAAAGUUUGUUGCUUUUUUAUCAUUUUAUUGUACUUUUAUUUCGGAUUUCGCCUUUUUCUUGAGUUUCUCGAUAACCCUUUUGACAAAAAUGGGGAUUUAUGCAAGAACAGAAACGAAAUCUUGAUGAUUAAUACUAUAAACUAUAAAGAUAUAAUCUUGUGUUUCUUUUUAUUUUACAAAUUACAACACAUUUUCACCAGAAUUUGAACAGAUGUAGAAAAUUCAGUGAGUAGCCCAUGAUCAAGAUCGAUGAAAAAAACCCAACUGGAAAUCCGAUCCAAGUUCCCUCCCACAUAAUCCAUGAAUCUUUCUUGUCUUCUUCAUCUUCUCCUUCUGAUGAUGUAACAUCCUCUGGACAUAUGAUUCUAAUCUGCAUGCCACAUAAUCCACUGUUGUUUGCAAAAUACUUCAACUCAUUCAUCGUGUUCAUCUGUCCACCCACCGGAAUCCUACCUGUCAGCCUGUUAUUGCUCACAUCAAGAAUCAUUCCCAAAAGUCACCGGAAUGUUCCCGGAGAUUUCAUUGUGUGAAAUGUUGAGAAGUUUUAAGCCUUUGAGAUUGCCUAACGAUGCCGGAAUUUCGCCGGAGAUUCGGUUUUCUGACAAAUCCAAGAAUGAGUAGAUGUCUAAGCUCCGACUUGAUAGCCCUCGAAAAGAGUUCUUCCAGUUUAAUAUCAAGUCUUGAAACUCGAUUAAGAAGUUGAAGAUGUCAUACGUUGGUAACAAGUCCGGAGUGUUCAUCAUUCUUGCUAGGUUUCCGAUCUCCGGUGGGAUGAUUCCGGCGAGGUUGUUCCCGGAGACAUCAAGAAUCCGGAGAGAAGUGAGGUUGGAGAUUGUUCUUGGGAUAAAUCCUUCAAGGGAAUUGUUUCUUAAGCUUAGAACUUGCAAAUUCGGGAUUUGAGGAAGAACUUCGUGGAAAUUUCCGGUGAUAUCGUUGUCAUGAAGAUCAAGAUGUUCGAGGUUGACCAAGUUGGUCAAAUUCCGGGGCAGAUUGCCGGAAAAUCUAUUCCCGCCAAGAGAUAGAAUCUGAGUUUCUGUGGAAAAAGUCACCGGAAUCUCGCCGGAGAAUUCGUUGUAUGACAAAUCGAUGAAAGCAAGAAGAGGGUUAUCUCCAAACACUGGGAAUUUGUCGCCGGAAAAUCUAUUUCUAGACAAAUCCAGAAGUAGUAACCGGUAAAUAUUUGAUAUAGACAUUGGAAUUUGGCCGGAGAAAUUAUUUCCCGACAACAUAAGAAGCAUGAUUGCUCUGGCGUUUCCUAUAUUCUCCGGUAACUCGCCGGAAAAAUUAUUCCGGGACAAAGCAAGAAUUGAUAAACUUAAAGAUUCAAAUAAGCGAGGCGGGAGUGAUCCAGUAAGCUUGUUAUCUGACAAGAUUAUGCUUCCGAUGUCCAUCUUAGCAAGCCAAUCGGGAAAUUCCCCCUCCAAUUGAUUCUGGCUCAAAUCAAGAAGAUUCAAGUCUUUCUGUGAAGAAAUCCAUUCAGGAAUCUCACCGGAAAAUCCACAGGAAGACAUGGAGAUCUGUUCUAGCUUACAUUUUGGAACGAUUUUUGUUUUAUUAUUCCAAAUCAAGCGGUUACCUUUUCCUCCGAUGAACAAUUUCUUUAAACUUCUGAUGUUGAAUAACCAUGUUGGGAUUUCUCCGGCGAGCAUGUUGUUCUUGAGCUGAAGGGUUUCUAACUUUCUUAAGUUUUGCAUAGAUGGUGGGAUUGGACCCAUGAACUGGUUCUUACUCAGAUCAAGAGUCGUCAUGUUGGGUAGUCUUCCUAUGCCAGAAGGAAUUUGGAGGGAGAACGAAUUUCCAGACAAAUCUAGGGAUUCUAAAUCCUUGAGAUUUUCAACCGAAGAGGGGAUUCCACCCGAAAACUGAUUCUUUCCUACCCAAAGUUCCCUUAACUUCGUCAGAUUUCCAAUUUCCUCUGGGAUACUUCCGGUAAGAAAAUUCUCAUUCAGUUUCAAGGAUUCAAGAUUCCGAAGGUUUCCAAUUUCAGAACUUAAACCACCGGUGAGACUGUUGUUGCUUAGAUCGAGAAAACGAAGAGAUUCAAGUUUGAAAAGCGAAGGAGGAAUCAUACCCUGGAAACGAUUCACACUCAACGAUAAUGUUGUCAAAUUCCGAAGAGUAGCCAGUUCAGGCCCUAGUCCUCCUUCAAGGUAAUUGGUGCUCAUGUCCAAGUAACGUAAAUUUGUUAACCGGAAAAGUUGGGCUGGAAUGGAACCAUUGAAGCUGUUCUGCAUCAUGUCAAGAUGAACAAGUCCGGUGAGGUUACCAAACCCAUCUCCGGGGAUCUCACCUACCAACGAAUUCAUGGAGAUAUCGAGUACCUUCAGUGACCGGAUUUCGAAAAGGGGAUUCAGGAUAUCGGAGAACACCGGAACCAGGUCAACAAACAGGGGAACGACGGCGUCUAGGUGGAGCUCGGUGACGAUUCUGGUUUUGUUUCUGGUUCUGGUGCAAUUGACACGGUCCCAGGAGCAACAAUCGGAUUUUGGACUCCAUGAAUCUAGUUCUUCGAAUGGUACAUAUUCAUCGGAGUUGGGGUCGGAGUUGGAAUCGAUGAUGGUGGUGAUGGUGGAUUUGAAUCGAAGAAGAGCUUGUUUUUGAUGAAUCGGACAAGAGAAUGAUGGGAUUGGAAUGGAAUUGAGUAUGAACAAGAAUGAUAAUAUUGACAGUGAUGUUGUCAAGGCAGCCAUGGCGGUUUCCGGCUGGUCUUCCUUCGAUUUAUCUCUUUACAACGAUGGCGAGAUUAUAAAGGGAUUAAAAUUCUGUGUUUUCAUUUUUACUAAAUCCAGAGUAAUGUUGUGUGUUUAUUGAAUGAUGUACAAGUUAUAUAGCAUAUUUAGUUUGAAGUUGGUGAAUAUGGGAGUGAAAAAGGGAUUAAAGUCGUCGACUAAUUCUAGUCAAUGGGUAGUGUAGUAAACUAGUACUAGAGUUUGAAUAUCGAGAUAAAUGGGUCCCAGUACCAAAUUAAGUCAACUUCACUUUAUAAAAUUCUCAUUUUUUCUUUUUAUAUUCAAGAAAACCGUAAAUGUUUAAUUUCUUAGGGAAAAUGAUUUAAAAGCCCAACGAAGUUUUCAAACCGUUUAAAAAACUCUAAUAAUGUUUUGUUUGUUCAAAAAAUCCCAACAAAAUUAACAUUUUAUCUAAAAA